UUCGAACCUACGCGUGGACGUCUGCCCGAUCCCACGCUCACCACCUUAUCCACUGUGCCACAGCCUCCCUAAAGUAUGCACUGGGACCUCCACUGUGGCCUUAACCCCCAUCUGCAACGAGCGGUGGCCAGCGGGGCCAAGGAGAGAGUGACGUGUGUCAGCAUAGCCUGUGCGACCCACCCAAGAAAAAGGUCAAUGCUGCAGGGCAGUGUAAAACUGCCGCUGCACUCUUACCGAGGAUGGAUACCCCCACCAAGCCAGUCAAGGGAGCUACGCGACAAUCCCAGAGCCCCUCAGGGAUGGCCUCAGCUCCCCCUGCCUCAGAAAGCAAAUCACCUGAGGCAGACUGUGAUGAGGAUGCUGCAGGUGAAUGGACAUUGGUCAGCCAUAAGAAGAAGCGCUGCUCCAGCCCAAAUCCAGCCCGGACUGCCAGCCCCGAGCCAGACCAGGUACAUCUGAUGAUUGCCAGCCCCGAGCCAGACCAGGGACAUCUGAUGGCAGCCAUAUAGAUGCUGAUGGAGUAGAUGUCUCGCCUGACACAGGAAGUGGACGGCCUGAAGACACAGAUGCAACGGUCCUUGCUGAGUGACCACUUCGCCCAGGAGACAACCCUCCCUGUGCAGUCCGCCUCAGUAGUGCCCAGGAAACGCUUGACGGUGCCACCAUCCAGGAUGGUGGGCCUCGUCGUCCACGUGGUGGCGUGGUACACUGCCGUGAAGGGCUCCUUUGCUGAUGCAGAGGCACUGCACGACGGACUCCUGCACACCAUUGAGGGCUUCAUCUGUUUUGGCAAGGGCCCAUGCUCCACGCCGCAGGACUUAUGCUGCCGACCCUGUGAUUCUGAACUGCCAACAGACACUCGCUGCCUACCAGAGACGUUGGCAGCUCAACCCAGCAGACACAGAGUCACGGGAUGUCAUGGUUACCGUGGCUCGACACCUCACGGAUCUGUGGCAGCAGGAAAGGAAGAAGUACUGGGUCUCCUUCCUGGACCAGGUGCGUGGGACCUGGUCCCUCCAGGACGUGUGGCGCCAUGUCAAAAGCAUCCGGGGCAAGUCCAGGCGACAGGUGUGUGACCCUGAUCCUGCAGGCAGGGCACGAGAACUCGUCUUGCAUUGGAAGGAAGCCUCAUCCUUCUCUGGCCUUCCGGUGGAAUACCAGGAGGCGCUUGAUCAGCAAAGACCACGAAGGAUGGAGUUGAUUCGCCACAGUGUUUCUCUGCUGGAUGACAGCUGUGUGCCUAUCACGCAUGACAAAUUCCUCUUGGCAGUCAAGUUGGGCAAGUCAACAGCUUCUGGCAAGGAUGGCAUCACCUAUGAUAUCCUCAAUGCUCUCCUGGAGGUAAAGGUAGACAACCCUAUCUUGGAUUUAUUUAACAUGUCUUUCACAGUAGGCAAGCUUCCCCACUCUUGGAAAACAGCCAUUAUCAUCCCUAUCCCCAAAGAUGAUGGCACCUUUCGCCCUAUUUGUCUCACCAGCUGUCUGUGCAAGAUGAUGGAACGGGUAAUAUUGAACAGGUUUAUAUACAAGAUGGACCAUGUACUCUCUGGCAAGGGU